AUGGACGACUACUACAUCGAAUUGCUCAAGAGCCACCUCUUGCCGCCGCUAGGCACCAUGAUGAGGAACGCUGAUCUGAGCGUCACGGAACGGGGGAAGGCGAUCAAGAAUCUGGCCGACGGAUCGCUUGCCAUCACUGGAAGCGGCGCGGGGUGGAGCGCCGCGCUGGGCGAUCAGCUCCAGCAACAAGAUCCACCCGCCGCCGCCGCCGCCGCCGCCGCCGGGUCGAAUCUCUCCUCCUCGGGCCGGAGAUUUCCAGCGCUGCUGCGGGUCGCGCGCUCGUCCAAGCGAAAGAUUUGCCGGCGGCUGAGGCAUCGCAGUAUUCUCAAGGCCGCGGCGCGCCAGGUUCGUGCCAGCCGAUGCCAGGGACGAUUGAAGCGCAGGAUCAUGCAAUCCCAGCAGCAGCGACGAUCCAGCAGGGACGACGAGCAGACGAUCCAAUCUCGUGUCAAGGCAUUGCAGGGAUUAGUUCCCGGCGGACACGACAUGAAUUGCUCGGUCCUCCUGGGCGAGGCCGCCGACUACAUGAUGUUCUUGCGGUUCCAGGUGGGCGUGCUACAAUCGGUGGCGGCGGCGAUCGAGAGCCAGCAGCAGCCACGAGCAAAUUAG